AUGGAAAACAAAGCACUGAAACUACCACACAAUGAACUCAACCUAUUAUUAUCCCACAGUCUGUCGAAGGUAGCAUCUCAAUUUUCUUCUCUCUUCUCAGAUGAAUGCUCUGCAUUUGAUGCCUUGCAGACUCUGGCGGAUUUGUCCUUGAUGAUGCCAGAAACAAAUUUUGAUGCUGAGUCAUCUUUGCGGCUCAAGGAAGAGAAUAUUGGGAUUGUUGAGAAGUAUAAGCAUAAAGAAAAUCACUCAGCACCUGCAGUGAAGGCCAUUGCCUUUAAAUCUCCAAAACUUAGAAAAAGCUUUGCUCAUGACACUGGUACCCCUCCAGAAGUGAAGGAAACUCAUCAGAUAAAUGCUGUAGUAGGAAAAAGGAGACAGAGGUCCUCACCACAUAAAAUCAAAAAAAGUGAAGAUUAUACUGAAUCUCGUCUGAGUGAAUCUCAGGAGGUUGAGACCAUGGACAAAGUUAAGAAGAAUAUGAGUAAACACUCUCAUGGUGCUACUCAUUCAAGGCAAGGGAGAGUGGGGAAAUCUCUGGAGCUUAUUUCUCUCGGUGCUCAUCAUGGUAAGGAACAGAAUAAUACACCUCCAUCAACCAAAGAGUUCCCAUCUUCAAAUCAGGUCUAUUUGCCUACCAAAGUGAGGAGCAGGCGUAAGAUUGAUGCAUCAAAGCCACUGAUUGAGAAAGAAACGAAGCCAUCAGAGAACAUCGUAUACUGCCAAUCAUUCAUAAACAUCCCUUCAUCCCAUGACAGAGCUGUCAAUCUUAAGAAGAUGCUUUCCAAUUGUCUUUCUCGGUAUAAAGUUCGGAGGUGGUGUGUAUUUGAGUGGUUCUAUAGUGCAAUUGAUUACCCAUGGUUUGCUAAAAGAGAGUUUGUGGAAUACCUGGAUCACGUUGGAUUAGGGCAUGUCCCAAGAUUAACCCGUGUUGAAUGGGGUGUCAUAAGGAGCUCCUUAGGCAAACCACGGAGAUUUUCUAAGCAGUUUUUGAAAGAAGAAAAAGAGAAGCUUAAUCAGUACCAAGAGUCUGUCAGAAAACAUUAUGCUGAACUUCGAGAAGGCAUUAGAGAUGGUCUUCCAACUGAUUUAGCUCGACCUCUAUCAGUUGGACAACGUGUCGUUGCCAUCCAUCCGAGCACAGGAGAGGUUCACGAUGGAAGUGUAUUAAGUAUUGAUCAUAGCAGGUGCUGUGUUCAGUUUGACCAACCUGAACUGGGUGUUGAAUAUGUCAUGGAUAUUAAUUGCAUGCCUUCAAAUCCAUUGGAAAAUAUGCCCGCCGGCUUGAUAAUGCUCAAUUGUACCGAGACCUUAAAUGAGCUCAAAAUGACAGGGCAAUCCAUUGAAAGGAAGAUGGAUGGGUACUUAAAAAUUACCUCAUAUGAGAAUCUAGAGAACUUCGAUGCUUCUUCUCAGCUCUCUCCGUCAACUUUUGACAUCAGCAGAUUUAUACACCAGGCAAAGGGUGCUUUGUUAGCUUCUAAUUCACAUGACAAAGUUGGGCUUGGCAAGAUUGUUAUUAUGCAACAAGGGGCAAACUCUCAGCCUUCUACCCUCUCACAGAACCAACAAGCAAAGGAAGCUGAUAUCCAAGCUAUUUCUGAGUUAUCAGGGGCACUUGAUAAGAAGGAGGCCGUGGUAUCUGAGCUUAGGCUCAUGAAUGACGAGGUUUUGGAAAAUGAAAAAGAUAAAGGCAACUCUCUCAAGGAUUCUGAACCAUUUAAGAGGCAAUAUGCUGCAAUACUGUUACAGUUGAAUGAAGCCAAUGAACAGGUUACUUCUGCUUUGUUUCGCUUGAGACAACGCAACACAUAUCAAGGGAAUCCCCCACUUAUGUGUUCGAAGCCUAUGGCCUCUGAAGGAGAGCUUGGUGGCAAUUUGACCUUAACUGAUCGUACCUCAUAUCUCACUCAAGACUAUGGAUCUCACGUUGCUGAAAUUGUCGAAAGUUCGAGAACAAAAGCCCAGGCGAUGGUCGAUGCUGCACUUCAGACAGUUUUUUAUUUGAGAAAAGAAGGGGUUAGCAUUGAGAGAAUGGAGGAUGCUAUUGAUUUUUUAAAUACUCGGUUUACAGUAGAUGAUCUUAGCGUACAAGCUAUGAGAUCUUCUGCCCCUGCAGUUCCACUCAGCGGUAAUCAUACUUCUCAGGAUCAGCUGACUGCUACCACAUCAAAUCCGGUGGCAUCCGUUCAUGCACCUGAUACUAAGUUGAACAGGUUGUCUGAUCAAAAUGAAGCACAAAUCCCCUCAGAACUUAUAGGGAACUGUGUAGCGACUUUGCUAAUGAUUCAGAAAUGUACAGAACGACAGUUUCCGCCAGCUGACGUUGCCCGAGUGCUAGAUUCCGCUGUUACAAGUUUGCGACCAUCUUGUUCGCAGAAUCUUCCGAUUUACACAGAGAUACAGAAGUGCAUGGGGAUUAUCAGGAAUCAAAUAUUGGCUCUCAUACCGGCGUAGGUUGUUCAACACUCUCUUACAUUACGUUGUAAAAUAUGAAUUGCACCAAUGGAAUUCUGUUCACCUCAGUUUUUCAGUUUUUGAAUUUGAUAAUUGUUGAUCUCUUA